CGGAGGCCCGAGGGAGCGGGCCCUGCACCCUAGGGCUGACCCUAGUUUCUGUCCCGCGUGAACAGGCCCGCGGGCACCGAGUGUGUGCCCGCCUGCCGCUCCGAGGUGGUCAGUUUGUUGCAGAAUCAGCGCGGACUCAGCCCUGCCCCUGCCCCACCCGAGAGGCCAGGGGUUGUGAUGCUGAGGGUUGGGUGGUGCAUGGUGCCUUCCGACUGCCCCGCCCGGUGUUGGGACCUUCGUGGCUCUGUGGGGGCUUUGCAAGAGGGGAAGUUGUGCGGGUGCCGCGGGGGAGGAGCCGUUUUGUUACCCGGGCUUGAGAGACGGAAAUGGCCUAGAGGAAACCGGCUCCUGCUCGGCGCCUCUGGGACCAGGGCCGCCAGGGGGCGGUGGCUAGCAAUGCCCAGGGCCGGCUCCCAGCACUUGAGGACUGCCUCCUCACUUCCGGGUCUGCGUGUCCCAUUGGGGAAGCCUCAGGGAUGGCCGCAGGCCCCGGGACUAAGGGAAACCAUCCUUCCAGUCUGGGUGCCUUGCCGCUGGGAUCUCAGAGGUAGAAAUGCUGUGCGCCUGGGCUCCUCCAGGACGGCCUGGAUGCUGCCGCUGGAGCUGCUUAAUUAGCAGGGAGAGGAACUGGGGUGAGGGGUGCCUUGCAGUGACAUCUGUUCUCCAGGAGCUGCGGGGCAGGAAGAGGCUGCCUUGGCCCUGAAGGAGUGUCUUGUGUCCUUCCAGGCUCACACCCUCCCAGCAAACAGUGACUAGGAGGCUACCAUAGAGUGACAGGGUCUAAUAGGACCUGAGUCUGUGGUAUCUAUUAGUUCCAAAGAAUCUUUGAUUUAGCCCAAGAUCAAAGAGGACAAGGCCAGAUAAGCUCUUAAGGAAAGUACUUUUUGAAGACACAGAUUGGUGGCAGCUACUUUCUGGGCCCUGUCCCUUACACAGGCCAUGCAGUGGGCACGGGUGCCCCUUACGGUGCCUGGGGAGGCAGAGGUCAUCCCCUCCUCGGAGCAUGGUCCCCAGUGGACAGAGGAGGGGACCCAGGACCCGUGGGCAGUAAGUGUAGACCACAGCACUCUUCUCCAGAGGCCCACGGGGUCUGCCCUUGAACCGCCCCUGGACUUCACUGGGAAAUCUCUUGCACAUCAUUACCUGAUGCUGGUUCCCUGAGGCCCCCUAUGCGCUGUUCCUCAAGCUCAUGCCCCAAAGUCCCUGCACACACACACACACCCCACCCCUGCCCCCUGAGGGCCCCAGAGCUGGCGCUGGCUGCUAUCCAAGGGUAUAUGCAGGUGCCCCUGUGCCAAGGCUCUCCCUGACCAGAGAGACCUCUUCCACAUCCUUGUGGACGCAUCAGUGUGGUCUGUCCACCUUGCUGCUGUUUCUUGUCUGCUUGCCCUGUAGAGGGUCAGCCCCGUGAGGACAGGGACCUCAGACUCCCUUGGCCCUGGGCAUGCCGGCGGACGAAUGAUCACCUUGUGGUGAUAACAACACGCCCUUCAGUCUGUCUCCUGGUGGGUCCAGGUGGAAAGGGGUUGUCAGACCCCCCCCAAAGCAGCAGGAAGGAGGGGUUUCCGGGGGAGGGGUGGGAGUAGUACAAGUCCCUGGAGCCUGUUUCAGCCCCUUUAGGGCUGCAGCCCUCCAGCACCCCAGUUCUCCAUCUGCUCUGAGCCAGUUGGGGAUCCCUGGGGCCCAACCCCAGUGGACCAUCUCCUCCCUCCCUUCUGGCCUUAUUUUACUCACUCGCCCGGCAAACUUUCAUGAACCUAGAUGGGGUUUCAGGCCCAAGUGGAGGCCCUGGAGCUGCAUGCCCCAACUCUGCAGCCCUGCCCAGGACAGCUCCAGCUUCCCAGAGCAUGGGCCGGCCCCUGCCCAUCUACCCAGACAGGGAGUCAGGAGGGAGAAGCUCCUGUGGGCAAAGACAGACAGGUCAGUCCUGUCUCCAGGUACCUGUGGAGUGGGGCCAGAAACACCUAUGUUCCCUGGGCAGCCAGAAGAGCCUGCCCAUGAGGCAGCUCCCAAGAGUGGCCCCCCUUCAGGUGUGUGAACCCCGUGUGGAAAUUUUUCUUCCCUGAGCCCCUGCCAGCUGUUUCGAUGUUGGAAGCCAGGUCGGCAAGAAAGCUGGUAUACGCAAUGAAUUGGCUGGGGAUCUAUGGACACAAAUCCCUUUACAAGCUUGGGUAAAGAUGACAACCCAAUGUUGCUGGGGGUGGGGCUGAACCUGCUCUUCUCCUGCUGCCAGGGUGGAGAGUGGCUGUGUCCCCUGGUUGAAAGCUGAGCACUGCGUAGCCUUGGGGAACGAUCUGGAGCCUACCCAUGGAGGGGGCAGGGCAGGCAGUUAUUCUGGGAUGCCUCAGGAGGGUAGAGUUUCAGGUUUGUUUAUGCCUCUAGGAGGCUUUUUGGGGCCAGGAAUGGGAUGCCCAGCUCAGCACUGACAUUCAGCUCGGCUUGGCCCAGAGACACCUCAAAUUUCCCUGUCCUACUCCGAAACGGGGGCGGGAGGUGGCUCUGCAGCCCCAGGCAGGCUGGGGAGUCUGGAACUUUUUCCCGUGUUUUCUGGGAGGGGUACAGUCGUCCUUAGCAAGCCCUGGGCCAGCAGUGUGCCAGCCUGUGUGCAGGAGGGGGGCAGCUCACACCCGAGGGCUGGCCUGAGGUCUGCCCGGGCCAUGCGAGGCUGUUCUCUUUAGCAGGGUCAGUGCUAUUAAUAUCAGCCGAGCGCACAGCCCCCAGCUGGGUGAUCCUCUUAUGCCUGUGGCCUGGGCCUCAGGCCGGCGAGGAGUGCUGUUCCUUCGGCACAGGGGCUCCUGGGGCCUCCCAGUGGGCAGCUUCUGCCAGCCAGGGGUCUGGCCCCACCUCGGAGCUUCUCACCUCCUGUCCGCUCACACAUGGAGGGGCAGUUUAGGUGGCUCCUGAGCUGACCUGGGAGGCCACUGUGGGUCUAAGAGGUAGUGGGGUGAUGCCCAUGCACACACCUGGGAUCGCCCUGCCGUCCUGGUACCUCCCGUGUCCCAGCCAUGAGCAGCCCCCCAGCUUACCCUGGCAUCAGGAUCUCAGGGUGCUGGGCCCUCGGAGCGGAAGGCAGCAAUGCUGAAUCCUUGGACAGGCUCCUCCCUCCUGUGGGAGCCGGGCGCUCGCCCCGGAAGCGCACCACCAGCCAGUGCAAAUCUGAGCCGCCCCUGCUACGCACCAGCAAGCGCACCAUCUACACGGCAGGGCGGCCACCCUGGUACAACGAACAUGGCACGCAGUCCAAGGAGGCCUUCGCCAUCGGCCUGGGAGGCGGCAGUGCCUCCGGGAAGACCACCGUGGCCAGAAUGAUCAUCGAGGCCCUGGAUGUGCCCUGGGUGGUCUUGCUGUCCAUGGACUCCUUCUACAAGGUGCUCACCAAGCAGCAGCAGGAGCAGGCUGCCCACAACAACUUCAACUUCGACCACCCAGACGCCUUCGACUUCGACCUCAUCGUCUCCACUCUCAAGAAGCUGAAGCAGGGCAAAAGCGUCAAGGUGCCCAUCUACGACUUCACCACCCACAGCCGGAAGAAGGACUGGAAAACACUCUAUGGUGCCAACGUCAUCAUCUUCGAGGGCAUCAUGGCCUUUGCUGAUAAGACACUGCUGGAGCUCCUGGACAUGAAGAUCUUUGUCGACACGGACUCGGAUAUCCGCCUCGUGCGGCGGCUACGCCGGGACAUCAGCGAGCGGGGCCGGGACAUCGAGGGUGUCAUCAAGCAGUACAACAAGUUUGUCAAGCCCGCCUUUGACCAGUACAUCCAGCCCACCAUGCGUGUGGCCGACAUCGUUGUGCCCCGGGGCAGUGGGAACACAGUGGCCAUCGACCUGAUCGUGCAGCACGUGCACAGCCAGCUGGAGGAGAGGAAGCUGCGCUGGGAUAUGGCUGCGCUGGCCUCGGCGCACCAGUGCCACCCUCUGCCCCGGACGCUGAGUGUCCUCAAGAGCACGCCGCAGGUGCGGGGCAUGCACACCAUCAUCAGGGACAAGGAGACCAGCCGGGAUGAAUUCAUCUUUUACUCCAAGAGGCUGAUGCGGCUGCUCAUUGAGCACGCGCUCUCCUUCCUGCCCUUCCAGGACUGCGUCGUGCAGACCCCGCAGGGGCAGGACUACGCGGGCAAGUGCUACGCCGGGAAGCAGAUCACGGGCGUGUCCAUUUUGCGGGCCGGCGAGACCAUGGAGCCAGCGCUGCGGGCCGUGUGCAAAGACGUGCGCAUCGGCACCAUCCUGAUCCAGACCAACCAGCUCACCGGGGAGCCCGAACUCCACUAUCUGCGUCUACCCAAGGACAUCAGCGACGACCACGUGAUCCUGAUGGACUGCACUGUGUCCACGGGCGCUGCGGCCAUGAUGGCCGUGCGCGUGCUCCUGGACCACGAUGUGCCUGAGGACAAGAUCUUCCUGCUGUCACUGCUCAUGGCGGAGAUGGGCGUUCACUCGGUGGCCUACGCCUUCCCGCGAGUGAGAAUCAUCACCACGGCGGUGGACAAGCGCGUCAACGACCUGUUCCGCAUCAUCCCCGGCAUCGGGAACUUCGGUGACCGCUACUUUGGGACCGACGCGGUCCCCGAUGGCAGCGACGAGGAGGAAGUGGCUUCCACGAGUUAGCCGCCCCCAGGCUGAGCUUCCCCCACCAGCCGCCCCACCCCACCCCCGGCCUCUUGGUCCUUGCUUUCCAGUACAGAGACGUUAACUUAUUUUAAUUAAAAAAGAGGUUACCGAUAUAACUUAUUCUAUACUUUUUGUAAAAUAAAUAAAGCUUUAGAAAGAUGAA